AGCACCACGGGAGGAGGGAUAGAGGCAGCGCUAUGGGCCGUUCAUUGCGUACACGGAAAGAGGUGGACUAUUCGGACCCGGGAGCUCUCUCGCUGGCUGAUAUUCGCGGUGGCGGCGGUGUUUCCGCGGCCGGCGUCGCCGCUUCCGCCCCCGGUUCCGCCUCCACCGCCGCGUCGAAACCCUCGCCCGCGGGCAAGGAGAAGACGAAGGCCGAGAAGAAGACAGUGGAGAAGGGAAGGCCGAAAAAGGCUGCUCAGGGGGCUGCCGGCUCUUCGGCAACCGCCGCCGCCGCUGCCGCUGGGAAGAAGAGGAAGGCGUCCUCCUCCGCCUCCGGCAAAGCUUCCUCCUCACCGUCGCCAUCCUCACGGGCUAGGAAAUCGGACUCACCGGCAGCGGCGGCAUCGAAGAAGGACACCAAGAAGAGCGGCAAGGCUGCUGCUACCGCUGACAAGAAGACGAAGAAGCCACCGGCGGCGGCGGCGGGUACGAAGGACGGUGGCGGUGGUGGCGAUACCAGCCGCGGAGAGGGCGCAAAAGCAGAAGCAGCAACAACAACUGCAACAGAGUCGACGACGAGAUCGAGAACCGUGUCCAGCCUGGAAGGUCCGGUGAUGGCAGCACCCCAAGCCUCCUCCUCCUCCUCCUCUUCCUCCUCUUCCUCCCCUUCCUCCUCCUCUUCCUCCUCCCCGGCGGCAACGAAGGGCAAGGGCAAGGGGAAGGUGACGCAGCAGAGGGGAGAGAGAGCAGCGUCGCCUGCGACCAAGACGGCUACGGCGGCGGCACGCGGGACGAACGGCAAGCGAAGGUCUGCUACUACCGCUAGCAGCGGUAAGGCCGCCUCUAGCCCGUCCGGCGACGAAGUCGACGGGCGGGAAGAGGAUCAGGAGGAACAAGAUGACGUGCCAACCCCUCCCCAGUACACCAACAAGGCGGCGGCGGCGGCGGGGGCCGGGGCUAAGCGCGGCGCGUCUUCCUUCUCUGCUGCUUCCGGGAAGGCAACUCCCGGGAAGACGCCGUCCUCGAAGAGGAGACGGCCGACGAAAAGCCCGUCGACCCCAGCCAGCGCCGUCGCGGGCGAGUCUUCGGUGCGCCCCUCGCGCGCGCGCAGCACCCCCGCGACCGCUACCGCCUCUGCUAUGUCCCCGGUUACCCCGCACGCCACCGAAGCCCAAGAAACCUUCCUCUCCGAGCUGGAAGGCUUGCUCGGCGCCGCGGGGGCAACAGCAGCAACAGUCGGCGGCGGCGGGGCAGGGGGUUCCGCGGAUGGAGGCGGGGCGGCGGCGGGGACGGGGGUGGAGAGCGACGCGGAGUACUGGAAGGGCAUGUACGACGAGCUGGCGAGCUUGAGGCACACCAUGCCCGAAGAGCAGCUGGCCCUGUUCAAGGAGCACGCGGCGGAGCGGGAUCGUACGUCCGCCAGCUAUAUCGAGCAGCUCAGGAAGAAGACUGCAGGGGCAGAGGCAGAACCUUCCGCCUCGGCGGCACCGGGGGCGGCAACGGGAGCGGAGACGGCAGCGGCGCCAGCGGCUGCGUCGGCGACGGUGGCGGCACCGUCGACAGGGGCGGAGGAUGAGGAACAUCGCUCUUUCUCCGCGUCGUACGUCCGCGGCCUGGAGGAGAAGCAGGUGUACCACCGCAAGAUCAUCCGGCUGUACCAGAACCUCAGCUCUCUCGCGAUCCACCCCAAGGAGAAGAAGAAAGGAUCGGGCGAUGGCGGAGGAGACGCGGGGAUGAGGGACAUGGACGUGAUGACGUGCACGGCCGUGAACCAUGUCCACCGCCGAGCCGUGAGGUUCGACCUCAAGAUACCCCACGAGGAGGACGUCGGCGACUUCGCCUACCGUGCCACGGGGAACACCCACCUCUUGCCGGAGUACAUGCAGCACCCUCUGCUGUUCACCAAGAACCAAUGCCCGCUCUUCCUCACCAAGCUCCUCCAAAACCUGUUCCGAGCCUAGAGUGGGUGCGAAAGAGGCGUUUCCACGGAUGAUUCUCUUCCGGGUCUAGCCGAGGAGGGAAGAGAGGCGGCCAUCUCUACGGCACGUGUAGAGGCACACAUGACGGGCCAGCCCGCUUCCUGUGUCAUGUAAAUACAUUCUCGAGCGGUGCGUAGGGUAGGGUUGCAAUCGCGUAGCCCCCUAUACCCCCGAAAGAAGCUGAUGGGCUUUGCAUCGAUGCCCUGGCUCUGGAGCUGCCCUUGUGCUUGACACCAAGUAUCUCGUCAAUCUCUCCUGCUGCCUUCGGCGUGCGGGGUCUGCCCUCGCCUUCUGUUUGCGGAAGUGCUGGCGACAUUGCGUUUGACAGUUAUUUUUGAACAUAACAAGUGCAUGCUUGGUAUUGGUUUCAAGAAUACAACAUACAACGCUAUGUUUUGCUAUCUUUGUCACAUUCAAGGCUAUUUUUUGCUGUUUUGGUUGC